AUGACCACCAAAACUUGUGGGAGGACACUCCACAAGCACUCUUGUUCAGAAACGACCAUCAGCUUACCACCACCCACCUCUUCCUCGACGCCCACCGCACCAAUGGAUCCGUACUCAAAUGCCAACUACCAGAACCAAUACUCUCGGCAGCAGCAAGCUGCCUACGACGUGAAUCCCUACUAUAAACCUUAUCAAGGCCCUUCUUACCCUAUCCCCGGUUCAUCUUCGUCUCACAGUGCGCCAGUUCCUGCCAACGCUUACGAAUACGAUGUUGGUAUUCUGGCUCAGCAGAGCGUGUAUGUUCCUGGUGCUAUGAUCGACAAGCGCGGUGGUGCUGGCGGUAAAUUAGCGAAAGGUGGCAAGCGGGUCACCGUUCUGCGGAAGGGUGGAGGGAAGGUCUGGGAGGACCAAACUCUGCUUGAAUGGAACCCUGCCUGGUUCCGUCUAUUCGUGGGCGAUCUAAGCAACGAUGUAUCCGACGACGUUCUGGCAAAUGCUUUUAACAAGUACUCGUCUUUUCAGAAAGCGAGGGUCAUUCGCGAUCGCCUGAGUCAGAAGGCGAAGUAUGGAUUUGUGGCCUUUUCCGAUCCAGAAGACUUCCUGAAAGCCUGGAAAGAGAUGGAUGGGAAAUAUGUUGGCAACCGCCCGGUGAAGCUGAAGAAAGCUGAUGACAGUGCGAUUCGUCCAGUCGAGAUAGGUCACCGAAAAGCCAAGAAGUUAGAGCAAGACCUCAAGAAGAACAGGCAUAAGCCGUACUAG